AUGGAUGCUUUGACGCAGUAUAAGAGGGCUUUACAGGAGCAAUUGGAGAGUGCCGAUCUUUUAAUCGCGAAAUUAGUUCAUGAGAACACGGUUCUAUCGCAGACGGUUGAGACCAGGACUAAGAAGAACCAGGGUUUGCAGGAACGUUUGCAAUCAGUUGAAGAACGUGUAAAAGACCUGGAGUCCCGUGAGACGAAACAGGAAGAGAGUAUCGAAAUUGUGAAGGAUUUAUUCGAGCACUUGUGCGGCGUAAGAGUACACAAAUCGUAUGAAGACGAUUCAGGGCUAUGGUUUGAUGCAUCACAAGGUUCCAAAAAUGGGAUUAUGGAUUACAAAUUAGGAUUUAUACGCAGUGAAAGUGCGCCGGGAACUGAGGUUGUUUAUGUACCGUUAUUGAAGCAGAGGUCUGCAGAAGAAUUAUCAACUUUACAAAAACAGUUACCGAGCUAUAUGUUCGAUACGCUGAACUUUCCAUUAAAUGCACUAUAUCAAUUUUAUUCCAAGAUGGCUAGAAGCUUAAGUAAAAAGAUAGAAUGA